GUUCAAUUUUUUCAGUGAAUGAAUAUCAGAUAAAAAAAGAUAAAUAGAUACAUAAAGACUGAUAGAGUUAGAGAGAGAAAGUGAAGAAGAAGAAGCAAGUGGUUCUAGAGAGAGAAAACAUAGAAGGUGCCUCGUCUAUGCUGUAUUGGGCAGUUAAGAGAAAUCACAAAGAUCUUUCAACAUUUUCUCUUCCUUUUAUUACCUUUUCUUUUUCUCCUUCUCUCAGUUCAACUUCAACAAGAACAACAUCGAAUUAUUUUUUAUUGAUUCUCAAAAAAAGAGUGUGUGAGUGAAAGAGAUAAGUGUUAGUUAAGAAGUUGAGAUUAAGAAGAAUGUGGAACCUAAAUGACUCACCCGAUCAGAGAAAAAACUACGAAUCAGAAGGAUGUUCAAUCGACGGCGAUGAAGUUGAUGAAAAAGGAAAAGGAGUUGGAUCUGUUUCGAAUUCAAGUUCAUCUGUAGUUGUUAUAGAAGAUGGAUCGGAAGAAGAAGGUAACGAUAACAGCAAUAACAGUAACGGUAACGGAGCGUUGUUGAAGAAAAGAAGUAGUAAGAUUUUCGGAUUCUCAAUGGAUGACAGUGAUGACUGUCCACCGGUGACUAGACAGUUUUUUCCGGUGGAGGAUUCUGAGGUGACAGCGGUGGUGGAUUCUUCUCCCGGUGGCGGCAGCGGUGGAGUUAGUUCUUCUUUUCCACGUGCUCACUGGGUAGGUGUGAAGUUUUGCCAAUCGGAAUCAGUUAACGGCGGAAAAUCGAUUGAAGCGUCGUCGCAACCAAUUAAGAAGAGUCGUCGAGGACCGAGGUCGAGAAGUUCACAGUAUAGAGGCGUUACUUUUUACCGACGAACAGGUCGAUGGGAAUCUCAUAUAUGGGAUUGUGGAAAACAAGUGUAUUUGGGUGGAUUUGACACGGCACAUGCAGCUGCUCGUGCUUAUGAUAGAGCUGCAAUUAAGUUCAGAGGAGUGGAAGCGGAUAUAAACUUCAACAUAGAAGAUUAUGAAGAGGAUUUGAAGCAGAUGAGUAAUUUAACAAAGGAAGAGUUUGUGCAUGUGCUUCGGCGACAAAGCACUGGAUUUCCGAGAGGAAGUUCGAAAUAUAGAGGUGUAACUUUGCAUAAAUGUGGAAGAUGGGAAGCUCGAAUGGGUCAAUUCUUAGGGAAAAAUUUGAUUCGAUUUACUAGGUAUGUUUAUCUGGGUUUGUUUGACACCGAGAUUGAAGCUGCAAGGGCAUAUGAUAAAGCAGCAAUAAAAUGCAAUGGCAAAGAGGCUGUUACCAAUUUUGAUCCUAGCAUCUAUGAUAAUGAGCUUAACAAUACUGAAUCCUCAGGUAAUGCCGCGGAGCAUAAUCUGGAUUUAAGUUUGGGUAAUUCAAGUUCUAAAGGUAACAAUAGUCAAGCAUUUGGGAAUUACAACACAAACGUUGUUACUGAUCAGCAUAUGGCACCUGAAUCAAAUUGGCGGAACGGUGGAAUCAGGCCUAAACCGGUAAAUAUACUUCCAAAACCAUGUGGUAUAAGUAACAUGGAAGGCUAUGUAAGGGACGGAUAUGGCGAGAGUGAAGCCUUGCGGUUGUUAAGCCAAACUCAUCUUCAAUCUCCAGUCACUAAUGACAUGCAUAGAUAUGGUCCCUACAGGUCACCUGUUGAACAACAACACCCUCAAAUGCUUCACAGUUUUCCACAUCUUCACCCCUCGAAUUUUCAAGUAUCGAGCAGCAGCAGCAACGGAGGCCGAAUUGGAAGCGAUUUAUCAUUAUCAAUGUCGGAUCAACAAAAAUGGCAAACUGGGCCUCCGCAUUUGUUCGCAACUGCUGCUGCAGCAUCAUCAGGAUUCCCACCUCAGAUAACAAGACCCUCUUCUUCUUCUUCUCAAGGUUGGCUGCAGAAAAAUGGGUUCCACACACUCAUGAGACCCUCUUGAACCUUCAAAAUUAUUUCAACCUUGCCAUUUUUAAUUUACAUUCAAAUAAUCUUCUAUUAUUAUUAUUAUUAUUAUUAUUAUUA